AAGAAGAGUUAGGUUUGUAAACACAACAAUAUGGCGGACGAGAGGGGUGGAGGUGAAGACAACGUUAACGACAUCAUGGGGAACCAGUUACAGCUUUUACCAGACAAUGAGGACGAGGACGAGGACGAGGAGGAGGAGGAGGAGGAGGAGGAAGAAGGUGACAUGGAGACUGAACACCGAGACGGGGAGGCAGCAGAGAAGCCCACCCUGAUCAACUUUGACCCCAGUCUACCCACAUCACAUGCUUAUCUGGGUUUAGACAUGGAGGAGUUUCACGGCCGUACAGUCCACGAUGAGGACAGCUGUCACACCAUCCCUGUGUUGCCAAACACAGCUGUGAUGCUGGUGCCAGGUCAGACGCUGCCUCUGCAGCUCUUCCGGCCGCAGGAGGUCAGCAUGAUGCGGAGCGUCAUCCAGAAAGACCACUUUGCUGUGCUUGCACACAGCAGUGAUGCAGGUGAGUUGGAGGCAGAGUUUGGAACAACAGCUGAAAUCUAUGCAUACCGAGAAGAGCAGGAAUAUGGCAUUGAAACUGUCAAAGUAAAAGCUGUAGGCAGGCAGAGAUUCAAGGUCCAUGAGAUAAGAACUCAAGCAGACGGGAUCAAACAAGCCAAAGUACAGAUCCUUCCAGAAAGAAUCCUUCCAGAUCCUCUCUCUGCCGUGCAGCUAGGACCCCUCUCCAGGCUCCACAUGCACCCCUCCUCCAAACCCCCGAGUCAGAGCUGCAAACAGGCCCAGCGCUGGUGGAAUAACUACCAGCAGAGGAAGUUUCACUGUGCCAGUCUCACGCCAUGGCCAGCUUGGGUCUACAGACUCUACGACUCUGAGUCACUCAUGUACAGGGUGAAGAAACAGCUCCAUGAAUGGGACGAGAAUCUGAAGGAUGACUCCCUCCCUAAGAACGCCGUAGACUUCUCCUACAGAGUGGCGGCCUGUCUGCCCAUAGACGACGCUCUGCGGCUCCAGCUGCUAAAGAUCGGCAGCGCCAUCCAGAGACUUCGCUAUGAGUUGGACAUCAUGGAUCGGUGCACAUCCCUGUGCUGUAAGCAGUGCCAGGACACAGAAGUCACCACCAAAAAUGAGAUCUUCAGCUUGUCUCUGUAUGGACCCAUGGCUGCAUACGUCAACCCUCACGGCUACGUCCAUGAAACCCUGACCGUCUACAAAGCCAACAACCUCAACCUAGUCGGCCGGCCUUCCACACUGCACAGCUGGUUUCCAGGGUACGCCUGGACAAUUGCGCAGUGUCGAGUCUGCGGGUCUCACAUGGGCUGGAAGUUCACAGCAACCAAGAAGGACUUGUGUCCACCUCGUUUUUGGGGUCUGACCCGCUCCGCUAUGCUCCCCCGUAUCCCCCACGUCGAGGGGGAGGAGGGGAGAGAGGGCUCUCGCCUUUUCUGCAUGUGAUGUCAGACCAUCAGUUAUCGUAAAAAGAAAAGAAAAUUCUCACGAGCCUGGACUUCACGCGCUUUCUGGCUGCGUUUACUUUUAGUGAUCGAUGCCUCACACACCACCUGUCGCCCUUUGCAGCAAAGCCAUCAUGUUAGUGGAAAGAUCCAGUAAAAUGUUACUCGCAGAGCAAAUUGGAACGGGGAGGAGGAAGUGAUUGUUCUCGAAGGUCCUUGAUGUGACGACUAAGUGCACUCGUAGAAAGAAAUAGAGAAUAACUAAUGUAUUCCCUUACAUUCUAGCACGCAGCCAGCUGAUCUGCACAUCUGUCCAGCUGAUUCAUUGGUAGCUGCAGACACACAAACACAGAUUCCUUUGAGCUCUUUUCCUUUUAUGAUGAAUUUGACUGGAUACAAGUGAGAUGGAGAUAUUGAUGUUCACCUAAUCUGCUGUUAAACCAACCAGAGAAUAUAAAUUCACUUAGCAUUCAGGUCCUUUUGUGGGUUUGUCAGAUAUGUUUUCUGAUGUCAGCUGCUGUAAGUCUUCAGAAGGAAUACAAGUGUUAUUGUAUGUGUAGAUCUGUCGCUCAGGAUUAUUUUCAAUCUUGGGAGUUAGAUUUUAUGUAUUUUUCUAUAGAAGAAGGUUGGAAAGUAAUUCACCUACUCAUCAAUGUCUGCUUUCUAUUAUCACACCAGUGUUUUAUGCAAUGAACAAAAAACUGAGGUGAUAAUGACAAUGUUUAAUAUACUAAAGUAGAGAUGUCUUCUUGGCGCCUAAUGGAGGACUGUUUUCUUUUUCAAUUUUAAAGAUGAAUAACCCAGAGAACGAGAAGUGCAUUUACCUAUCUUCAUUUAUGUCCAUGUUGUGUGGCAUGUUUUGGUGUGCCGACGCCCCGGUGCAGUGUCUUUUGAUACGUUUGCUGAAGCGGGGAUCCACAGACCUGAAUAAAGAUUGUAAAUGAGGAAGAGAUCAGAUUUAAAUUUGUAAAUAUUUUUUUGAAUUAAUUUUUUUAGUUUCUCAGUUUUUAGGACUUGUGAUUUUUUUCAAGGUGCUGUCUCAUGAUUGUAUAAAUGUUACUGUAAAUAAGAGGCAGAUAAAGCCUUCGUGUUCAACAUCA